AUGCCUGCUACCGAGGGUGAUCCUUUCCUCCAGCCUGGCUCUCGCCCGCGGAGCCACUUCAGUGGCUCCUCCACGACCGAGGGGCUGCGGGAGGCGGUGCGCGCGCUCGGUGAGUGCCUCCUCCAGGCCGGCCCCUAUGCCGGGCUCUUUGGACUUGGGUCCACGCUGCUGGUGUCGGCCACGCCCUACGGCGCGUCCACCAUCCUGGCGCGAGUAUUCUACCGGCAGACACUGGUGGCAUUGAUUCCCUUCAGUGCCUUCUUCGUGGCGCAGCAGGUCCUGUCGGUCCCCCUGUCGGAUGGCCUGGAUUCCGGAUCACUCAAGUCUCCCCGGCUGGCGGUUGGCUUCGGGGAAUUCCCGCCGCCCGGGACCCCGGCGCCGGAUCCCCUGCCGGCCGACGAGCGCAUUUACUUCUCGCGGCUGCAGCUCUUGCGUCACGAUCUGCACCACCGCUUCAGCAGCAUCCUCCUAUCACCGCAUUACAAUGCCGCCGCCAAUGCCACAGCCAUGGGCUUGUGCUUCGGGCUGCUGGCACACCUGCAGCAGGCAUCUCGUUCGCGCCAGGCGCUGGCCGUUCAGGCCGGCCUGGCCGGGGGUCUCCUCCUGACGUACACCUCGUACCACCUGCAUGAGCGCGAGCGCCAGGCCGAGCGGCGCCAGCUGGCCGAGCAGGAGGCCCUCGAGCGCCAGGCCGCCGAGCACGACCUCGGGUUGACCCCCGUUGCCCCGGUCCCCAACAAGCCAAACGCUUUCGGCGAUCUCUACACCGACCAGGACAUCACUUCCCCCCUCCCGCUGGAUCGGUUCUUCUGGCUGCCCGUGCGCUUCGAGAGCCGGGACAAGCCGACCCUGAACCUGGAAAGUCGCGAUCCCCUAGAUCGGGCGCCGAUCCUGAUGGCCGAGAUUUUCCAGCACUCCCGCGAUGGGUCCCUCCUGGAGCUGGAGCCCAUCUUCCCGGCCACGCGCAAGCGCAUCCGUGCGGCCAACCAGGCGCUGGCUGAUCUGCGCGCCGAAAUCCUGGCCCUGGAUCCGUCCAUCGCGGGGCUGGUCGCCGAGGAGAUUGCGGCAGCCGAGGCCGUUGCAGAGGCCGCAGCGACGGCCGCGGCCGAGCCUGCCGCCGAGGCCUCCUCCUGA